AUGUCCGAUCCAGCCCACCCGGAUCAGGUAACUCCUCCUGCUUCAGGAUCGGGGCCCCUCGGAUCGCUCUCUGGUAUACCAACUUCGCAUUUCGGAACCUCGACGCCUACCAGUCCUGCGAUCUCAGACGUCUCCACCGUGCCGGUGACCGCGUGUGAUCGCUCGGCUGUGGUGACGUCGGCCCAGAUGGAGGAAAGCUCUGGUUGGUUUUCCAUCUCGAUCCCUCUGUCGCGAUCCUCUUCGAUCUUCGCUCCGGACAGGACCUCAGCCGGCCAAAACGUCCCAACUCCGGAUCCGAGUGAGCCCAUCUUGCUCCCAAGUACUCGAAUCGAAGCCUCGGGUUCGGUCGAUCAAGCCGCGCUUAACGCAGCGAUUGAUUUGCUUUACCUUCGCCUGAACCUCCAACAGACUGUCGUGGAUCGGAACCAUAGCAUGGAGGCUGCUUUGGAGCAGCAGAUGAUCCAGAAUCGCCAGCUGAAUGAGGACCUUCAGGAGCUCCGCACCUCCGCGUCCCCUUUCGUUUAUUCGUCCAAUUGA